AUGAAACGCCCAAACACAUCUGCCACUCCUCGAUACCAACCCAACGAAAACGACGCACAGAUCAGAUCGCAGUCCACAAAAGGCUCGCCCGUGAUGAAGUCCCACCAUAUCCUCACAACGACCCUCCUCGGCCUUUCAAGCGCCGCUUCCACCCCAAACCGCAUGCCCGGCGUCUACCGCAUGUCCAGCCUAUCGACCUAUAUCAACGGCACCCUCGACAACCCCGAGAUUUGGGGUCCCAAUCCCAUCGGCACCCUUGUGUUCACGCAGGACUACGUCAUAGUCCAGAACAGCGACCCGCGUCUCCCUCUGUUUCCUCCCGGUCACUUCUUCACGCAGGUCGGCACGCCCGAACAGAACGCUGCGAUCGUAGCUGGGACUGUUGCCCAUUCGGGCACCUACAAGGUUAGUGAAGAUGGCGUCUUCGCGAAUAUCACUUUUAUUGGGUCGACGAUUCCGAAUUAUGUGGGUACAACGGUGGGGAAUGACGUUUUUACGUUUGUUUUGAGAGAGGAUGGGAGUGGGAUGAGGGAGCUUUUGAGGUUGACGCCGGGAUUUAACAUUAGUGUUGAGUGGGAGAAGGUUGAAUGCAUCUGA